AUGUUUCUUUCUUUUAGACAGAUAUCUUUAUUUCAACAUACCUUCAUAUUUUCUCUUCGAAUUCUUUCUAUCUACUUCUAUUAUCUAUCAUCCCAGAUAUUCUCACCCCCCCCUCUCUCUCUCUCUUACUAUUUCUUUCUAUUCUUAUCCCCCUCUCUCUUAUUAUUUCUUUCUAUUUCCACUCCUUUCUCUCUCUUACUAUUUCUUUCUAUUCGCUUUUAUUUGAACCUUUCUCUUCCUCUGAAUUCUCUUUGUUUCUUUUUAUAUUCACCUUUUCUCUCUAAUAUUCAAAAUGAUACGUCUUUCAACAAACUCCUACCUAUAUCUAUUUGCUUUUCUAAAAUCUUAUUUCCUUCUCUUUCACAGUAUGUCUAUCUCAUAAAAUUUCUCAUUGUCUCUUUCAAUAUGUUCGUCUUAGGUUCAUUCAAUCUUAAAGCCCCCGUCACCCUCAGCAUCUCUCUAGCACAUUUUCCUUCUUCCAUUGUCCUUAUUACGGACAUUAUUCCUUCAUUUGCGCUAUCUUCUCGCUCCCCUCACACUGAGACAGCCACUCUAUCACCUGACAUUUUCAGACUCGCGCGAAGGCCAAAUUAUUCAAUCACUAUAUUCGUGCUCUCCGCCACUCUGACGACAAAGCCAUGUCCUGCAAUUCACCAGUUCGGUCCCUUCUUCUUCUUCUUCUUCUUCUUCUUCAUCCUCCUCCUCCUUCUUCUCCUCCUCAUCAUCGCCUCAUUGUGUCCUCUGCUUCCCAUCUAUUCUCAAAUUUGUUUCAUUCUUUCUUUCUUUCUUUCUUUCUUUCUUUCUAUUCUUAAAGUUUGUUUCAUUCCUUUUUCUUUCUUUCUUUCUUUCUAUUCUUACAGUUUGUUUCAUUCUUUCUUUCUUUCUUUCUUUCUUUCUAUUCUUACAGUUUGUUUCAUUCUUUCUUUCUUUCUUUCUUUCUUUCUAUUCUUACAGUUUGUUUCAUUCUUUCUUUUUUUCUUUCUUUCUAUUCUUACAGUUUGUUUCAUUCUUUCUUUCUUUCUUUCUUUCUAUUCUUACAGUUUGUUUCAUUCUUUCUUUCUUUCUUUCUUUCUUUCUUUCUUUCUUUCUAUUCUUACAGUUUGUUUCAUUCUUUCUUUCUUUCUUUCUAUUCUUACAGUUUGUUUCAUUCUUUCUUUCUUUCUUUCUUUCUAUUCUUACAUUUUGUUUCAUUCUUUCUUUCUUUCUUUCUUUCUUUCUUUCUAUUCUUACAGUUUGUUUCAUUCUUUCUUUCUUUCUUUCUUUCUAUUCUUACAGUUUGUUUCAUUCUUUCUUUCUUUCUUUCUUUCUUUCUUUCUAUUCUUACAGUUUGUUUCAUUCUUUCUUUCUUUCUUUCUUUCUUUCAGUUCUUACAGUUUGUUUCAUUCUUUCUUUCUUUCUUUCUUUCUAUUCUUACAGUUUGUUUCAUUCUUUCUUUCUUUCUUUCUUUCUAUUCUUACAAUUCAUAUCCAUCUAUCUUAUAGACUAUUCAUCUAUCGCAAUCUGUUUCGUAUCUAUCUAUCUAUCUAUCUAUCUAUCUAUCUAUCUAUCUAUCUAUCUAUCUUUUCCCAAUGCCUAUAUUUCAUCCAAUAG